CAUAAUGGAUAGCUGUGGUUCUGCUUCUCUGUGGCGGUAGCUUCACACGUGCCAGUCAUGUCUCUCCACCAGAAGCAAGUGCGCGUCCUUGAAUUAUUCGAGAGAUUGAACUACAUUGUUCGCAAACAUCAUGCUGUACCCGAUCCUCGAUUAAAGGACGUAGUAGGCAUUUUGCCUGUUGGAGCUGUUUUUUCUUGUUUCUAUCCUCCACACUUGAAUGAAGCUAGGAGAUUGUGCGAAGCUUAUUUAGCUGCAAAAGAUUUCGAUGAUUUCAUCGACUUGGCUAAGAAUGCUCGCCAAUUCGUAAACGAAACCUUAUUCGCUUUUGCCACGGAAGUUGCUAUACUUCACAGGGAAGAUUGUAAGGGUCUGAGUGUACCUCCAGUACAAGAAGUAUUUGUAGAUAAAUUCAUUAAUGCUGUUACCAUUAACCAAGCAUAUAUUCAGGCUCUUACCAGAACUGCAGCGGACGAGACCCCAAUUAUUGUAAAUCUGAAAGAAUCUGGCAAUGUUUUGGAUCCAGAGUACAAACUUGCCUAUUUCCGUGAAGAUAUCGGCGCAAAUGCUCAUCAUUGGCACUGGCACAUUGUAUAUCCAUCCAUCUGGGAUCCUAAAGUUUUCGGGAAGAAGAAGGAUAGGAGAGGAGAAUUGUUCUAUUAUAUGCAUCAACAGAUGUGUGCUAGAUACGAUUGCGAGCGACUUUCAAAUGGCAUGAACCGUAUGGUGCCUUUCCAUAACUUUAAAGAAUUUUUGGAAGGUUAUGAUCCCCAUUUAGCUCACUUAGCUAGUGGAAGAUAUUACGCUUUCCGUCCAGAAGAAAUGGCUAUGAGUGAUAUGAAAGAAGUAGAUGUUCAAGACAUGGAAAGAUGGAGAGAGAGAAUUUUGGAUGCCAUUCAUCUUGGCCACGUUCACGAUACUCACGGAAAAGAGGUCGCGCUUGAUGACGAACACGGUGCAGAUCUCUUAGGUUCACUGAUUGAAUCCAAUGCGGAAUCUAUUAAUCCUCUGUAUUAUGGUAGCCUUCACAACUGGGGACAUGUCAUGAUGGCUCAUAUUCAUGACCCCGAUGGUAAAUUUUUGGAAACACCAGGAGUUAUGACCGAUACUGCUACUUCUCUGCGAGAUCCCAUUUUCUACCGUUAUCAUAGAUUUAUAGAUAACAUGUUCCAAGAAUAUAAAGCUCACUUACCAACUUACGGUCAAGAACAGUUGAAUUUCCCCGACGUAUCAAUUGUCGGAGUUACCGUUAAUGCACGAACUAAUGAUGUCAUCAACACUUUUAUGAAAGAAGACGAAUUGGAACUUAGUCACUCCAUUAACGUUGGACGUCAGGGAUCAGUAAAGGUAAGAUAUCAACAUUUGGAUCACGAAUCGUAUUCUUAUACUAUCGACACAGUAAAUAACGGAAGCACAGCUAAGAAAGCAACAGUCAGAAUAUUUUUAGCUCCGAAAUACGACGAACUCGGUAACGAAAUCCAAAUCGAUACCCAAAGAAGACUUUUCAUUGAACUCGACAAGUUUACUACCGAAAUAAAACCCGGCAAGAACACUAUCGUGAGAAGUUCGGUAGAUUCCAGCGUUACUCUCUCUCAUCAAUACACAUUCGAGGAAUUGGAGAAGGGAGAAGGUUUGGACGAAAAUAGAACCGAGUUCUGCAGUUGCGGUUGGCCACAACAUUUGUUGGUACCCAAAGGUAAUGUCAAGGGCAUGGUGUUCCAUCUUUUCGUCAUGCUUACUGAUUUCGAUCACGAUAAGGUCGGCGAUGGACUGAGUAGUAGAGCUUUAUGUGCCGAUGCCGUCAGUUAUUGCGGCGCCAUGGACGAGAAAUAUCCAGAUAAGAGAUCUAUGGGAUUCCCAUUCGAUCGUAACAUACCCGUACACGAUCAUCACGAAUUCUUGACUUCCAACAUGUCCCUAAAAGAAAUCACAAUUAGAUUUAUUCCAUAAAUAUCAAUAAAAAUUUUAAAUCGUGAAACUAAUUUUUUUGGGAAAAUC